AGUAUCUUUUCAAUAUACUCGAAUUCGGGCCAGAGGCGCUACUUCGGGAGCUCAGAGAGUCGGUUUGGAUAUGAUUGCCGGCGUUGUAGCUUGGACGGCAUUAUUGGAAUGGGGUCGGGAACUGCUAUGGGGGCUACUACGGCUCCUUCCGAUAAAUGCAGCUAUUCUGACAACUGUCGCUACGAGUGCAGGAACUGCGAUUGUUCUUCCAAUUACUUCAGUUCCGAUUUUGACGACUUGUAUGGAUCCAUAGCUCGUGGAGGAAGCAGUGGCAUACCACGCAAAACUGCGGCAGGAACGCUGCCAUCCAGUUCACAAGGCGCCAGCACGGAUCUGAAGGAAAAACCACCGCCGCCGUCCUUGCUACAGCAGCAGUUCUCUGCACCGCUGGACUUCAAGCAAAAUAAAUACGCGCAGGACUUUUUCAAACACGUAAAUGACGUGAAGCGCAGUAUUUAUCAGUCUGAAAUGCAAAGGAACAAUAGCUUUGAGUCCUCCAGACGGGGACCCAGGGCCGGGGGCAAUAACACCAAUACAAGGUCAAGCCCCAAGCGUGCUGUCUCCCAAGAACCCAUCCUGGAGCCCGUCGUGUCCACGCUGCCAUUGAGCAGGGGUCGUCCGGCUGCAGGAGUCAGGCCUACACCUGCGCCUCGAACAAGUCUACAAUCGCAGCCUGCACUGCCGGCCACGUCCACGCCCAGAGACCCUACACCCACAAAGCGUAGAGCCCAACCCAGUGGGCGGCGUGAGUAUCCCUCGCUGGACCGACUCGUGGCAUCUAACACGGGAACGAUACCUAAAAGGCACAGCAGGACAAUGGAGGAAACGGAGUCACUAAACCCGAAGUUUACGUCUAAGCCCAAAGAAUCCGAUGCAAAGGAUUCUAUGACAGGGAGCAAUAGCGAAGAACAGUUUACGCCGGGCAAGAGACAUCAUCGAUCGAGCGGCACAAAAUCUCAUCAAAACGUGCCUGGUCCCAGUACCCGACGAAAAGACAUUCCGGCCCCUCCUCCACCGUCACCAGCAACCUAUUCUGAUCUGCAAGAGCUGAAAGCGAACAUGGAAGGUCUACAAGAUGACACAAACUCACGAAGUCUCGAAAGUGAAACUAGCGAAUCGCCAGCAGUGGCAAACCCAAGCGUCAGGUCCCCCACGGGAUCUCACAAUGACAAGAAAACAACAAGGCAGUUGGCACCUGUCCAGUCUGCUAGAUCGGUAGCUCCAUUCAAAAUCACAAUCGCUCUAACGGAUAUGGAUAUACAAGCAGAAUUUUCUACCAAAAGUCCACCAACGGUGUCGAUAUCAGGCCAUCUAGAUACAGGACCAAAUACAGGUCCAGACAUUAGUUUAUUGGAACAGGAAGAUGCCGAUGUGUUUUACGAUGCACGCAGCGAGGAUUCUGGUGCAGGUAUCCUGCCGACUGAAACCUGUCCACCACUAGCUAAGGGCGCGUCCGGUAUGGUAACAUGCUCACAGGAGGCAGCUGACGGGAAAAUGGCUACAGAGAAUAGCAAGGAAACAAAUUACAGCGGAAUGGAAAACUCUAGCAAGGAUGUCAAUACUUUCCUCCGAACUCACCCUAUCGCAGCGGGCCUCGAACAGACGUCAAACAUCUCGGGCAUACAGCAAGGGAAUGACAUUGGUAUGGCCAGCGACGAUGCUGAUUCCUUAAAACAAGGGGGAGGCAGAGUUCAAGAACAAAUCACACCCUAUGAUGUUGAGAACCAAGUAGGCUUGAAUACAGGCCUUCAAUCCCAUCAGUGGCGGUCCGAGUCCGAGAUGACAGAAGUAACAUUGAAAGGAAAGUGCGCGGAAAAGACAAGCAAAACAAUAGACGAUGAAGAAACCCCAACGAGCGCCAUCGACCAACAUGCUGCCGCAACAUGUUUGGAGGGGCAACAUACCAGUUUACCAGCAACAACAAUUUUCCACGGAGUUUCAACAAUCACCAACGCUGGAAACAUCAGCUCUAACAACACCCCUGCACACAGCACCAGAGCCAGCAGUACCGAUGUGGAUGUCUAUGUCGAGUUCAGUUGCACGACGGCCAACACGGACAGCCCAACGCUUACGCACAGUGAUCGGAACUUCCUCGAUAUACCUUUACUUCAAAUAGCCGCAGGGACUCCAGCACAGUCCCGACCACUGACUCGUCAGGACUUCGCCUGCCUCGACUCCAGUGAGGCGCAAUCGGACGAUAGUCAUCUGACCCGCGAUUCCGUAACGCGCGAGUCCCAGAACGAUGAACUCUCCUCAUCCACUCUUGAAAAACUAGACGUUAGCACGCUUCCAUUGCCCGCUAUACCGAAGCGCCGUCGCCCCCGCUCCCGCGCCAGUCCCUCAAAGAAUUUGCAGCAUCGGCAGCGCCAUGAAGCCGUCGAAAAUGCUAAUGCAGUCGACACUUCGCCAGCAUCAUCACAACAGCAACAUCUUAAGCCAAGGCAGCGCGCCUAUACUCCAGACAUACAAAAGUCAGAGAUAAGCACGCCAAAAAACAACGCAGCCAAUCAAAAGCCGCAGCAACACCUCUCCGCUUUCCAGCAGUACGUCGUCAAGCGACGGGAAAGUCUUGAGGCAUCGAACCGCAGCUUCAACGAGAAACUGGAGGCCCGUAGAAUGCAUGGUGCAAACAGCGGAGUUCCCACUUAUUUGUUUGGGGAGCACUUUCAGGCAGGGGGUGUCGGCGGUCCUGGCUCUGGGCGCAAGUCUCUCUCGCCCGCCACCAACAAGGAGGAAAUCUAUCUGAACAAGUCUGGCUGGGUACAGGUAAACACAAAACGCGGGGGCUUCAAAGAGGACAGUUUUGGCGGCUAUCGACGUCAGCAGAAUGGUGGCACGGCCUCUAUCCUGCAGGACAAUGGAAGAAGUCGAGCUGCCGAACGCUAUUCCCUUAUAAAUCAGCACCAACAGCAACAAUCAAACUUUAGCAUCGCAGAGCCAAAGUUCGUUGGCUCCAAAGUUGAAGAGCUGAUACAGCGAAACGAGGCGCGGCUUGGUGGAUUCUCCUCCCGUGAUCCUGCACUGCGCCCGGGCUACCGAAUUAUAGACCCCCAACUAGCAAGCAUCCUCAAUGAUCGUCCGGGCUUCCUGCCUGUCAAGAGCCCAAACGACUUGGACUCGCCUAUCACUCCCAUUCUGUCGCCGCCUCCCGCUUUCCAGGACAACAGCCGAACACCGCGUCAGGUGGACCGCCGCAAGUCAAGUCGCCAGCAAGCUCCCCUCCCACUGCCGAUGCAGCUGCAGUCUGAAGCCCAGCAAAGUCCACAGCAUCUGGCCAAUGGAACCGUCAAGGGUAUGGUCUUUUCCCGAAGCUUUGAGUAUGACGCGCGACGACCCACGCCCAUCAACAGCUAUGUGGAAACGUUCUCUCGAAGCUUUGAUGGAAAUCUUUCGGAGCGUCCGCUGCAGUUGGGCAUGCCUUUGGUAGGACAGCGCGAACGAUCCCCGAAUUUCAGCACACUGACCGGAAACUCGCCCAACUAUUUAACGAAGCGAGAGAGUGGAGGCGGCAGCAGUGGCUCCCUCCGCAGUCGGGACAGCUCGCCAAAGUUUCUGAGUCCACAAACGACCACUGCCUAUCUGAACGCGUCGGUAAAGGAGGCGCCACCGGCCUACAACAUGUCUGGGGGCGGGGGCCAACAGGCCAAAUACUCUCCGCGCUCGCGUCUCGAACAGACCUCUGAUAGAUCCAAAAUCCAUGCCCUGGGUCGCUCGCGCAAGUCCCAGUUUAACCGCAUGGGAAGCGCAGGACCUCCUGCAGCGCCACCGUCCUCCCUAGGCAUGGGAGUUUCGCGCUUUCGCAGCUUUGACACAACAAAAAGCCAGCGCCUCAACUCAUGCGACAGUGGUGCGCGAUCAGAUCUGUCUAACGAUGAACUGGACAACGAGGAUGGGUUUUUGAGCGAGUUCCUAUCGGACGGAAGCCAGAAGUUCCAGAAACUGUGUUCGAGCAGCGUUAGUAUCUCGCCCUUCAAGAUGCAGCGCCAGCGCUCCCUAACGCCAGAACGUAAUGAGUCCCACAGCUCAUCCAGCAGCCUGCGUAAACAGCGAUCACUAACACCAGAAUCGCGAUCCCUGACACCCGAGGAGCGCCGAAAAAAGGGGUCCCAGCAUUCCCUAUUGGGCUCACGUCAGAACUCCGGGACCAGGAGCAACACGUUAGAGGCGCGACCGCGUCACGGGGAUAAGACGCCGCCCAACAUCUCACGCAGCUCUUCCAGCUCCAGCUACAGUGGCGGAGAGCCCUGUUCCAUUCCGGUAUCUGCAUCUGGUCCAACCAACCACCGUCGUGCUAUGGCUGCUGCCCACAGUGCAGCCAAGCAAGCGGAGCAAGAGCACCGCAUUAGACGGUCGAGAUCCUUGCAACUGAGCGAGCGCUCCCCGAAUCGAGCGCAUAAAUCAAUCGUCAAUGUAGGUAUAUCAGCCAAGCAGUCCCAGCAGCAGCCACAACAGACGCCAGCGGCCUCCUAUCGCUCCUCUUCGAAUAGUCUCCAUCAGCCACCGCGACAAACAGGCAGCCCUCAGAGCUAUGGAACGCGGCUCUGCGAUCAUGAGUUCACUUACGAAAUGCUCCGUAAAUCGCCCAUCAUGAACUUCCGCCGCGGAGACAGCAGUGACUAUGAGUUGCCUGUCCUGCUCCGAAACAGGGAAACUAUUAACUCUGGUGGCAACAGUGAGCUAAAUUUCAUGAGCAACGAGACGCGGAUCUACGAGCACCCGACGACGGUUCUGAAACCGCAGCGGUCCCUCCGCCAAAGCCCAGCAUCGCGGGAUGACAUACCUCUGGAGGUGGCAGUAGGCGUGGGGGGCGACUAUAUUUAUCGACAGGCUCCCUCCCAGCCGCAAAGCAGCAGCGCCACCUCCCAGUCUCUUACAUCAACGACUACCAAGAGCUGUAGCAAAACUCUGAACACAGGCGACUAUUGGCCACGGUGCGGAGCUUGUCAAGAAAAAGCCGCGCCCGGAGCAAUCCAAAGACAGUAUUCUCUGUCAGUGGUUACGAAAGUGGACCAAGAGCCCGAAUUCCGGCCCCACGUCACAACAGUGGCCGUUAAUGACAAUAUCACCAACGUGGAAGCGAAGGCGGAAAAGCUCCCGCUUCCGCAAUGGACUUUCUUGUGCAGCGGAGUAUCCAACUGCCGUCCAAAGGAGCAGACAACGAUGACCACCAAUGCCAGUGAGCGCCGACAACUGAUGGCUGUUGUAAGACCGCGUGUCGUUCCUUUGGCUCCGACAUCACUCGUCCUGAUGGGUACAGGCGACGUUUACGUUGCAAAAGCUGCGGAAGGCGAGAACAAAUCCUGUCCACAGCUGCUGGCGGAAGUGGAGAUUGGUCUAAGCAGCUCCCAGGGCAAGCAGGAUGAAUUCAACGACGUGAACAACAAUUGUCGUAGGAGGAAGCGCAGUUCAUCUCUGCCACGCCUAAAACCUAGAAGAUAUACGGAAACAGUAGAAAGCAUGCCUAAAACCGGAAAUCACGGAGUCAAAGUCGUAGGAAUAAAGAGAAAUGCUGGAGGACUGUCGCACCAGAUGCGAGCCGUCUCUAGUCCCUCGCUCACAGAACUAUAUUCAGAAUCACGAAAGCUGCCGGAUGUGAGCACGGAAUCAGCAGACGGGGCUGCUACUGUUGCCACAAGCACCAAUAGUGGAAUCGGAGGAGGUGGUGUAGGCCUAGGCGUCCUGCUUAAGUUUAAACGCACGUUAAACAACUUCAACAUCAAGAAUCAACUACACAUCACCCCUGUACCGCCAACGGCAGCAGCCAGUAAUGGCAAUACCUCAAAGCCCAAGUCAUCGCCAUCAACGCCGUCCGUAUCAAUCACAACUGCGGGGACAGUGACAACAAACGACAGCGCUGGAACAGACGGCGGCGAUGGCAGUUCCGGCAAGUAUCGCUUCGGACCCCUCAUCUGGCGCACAUCGAAGGAGCGCCGCAAGACAAAGUUCAACCGACGCGACAAGUGCAAUUCGGGUGAUUCCGGCAUUCAGAUAGAGCUGGAGCAGGACGAGCAGUACUAUCGUGUGCUACCGGUGGGUGCCCAAGGAGAAGUGCGAAGACGAGGAGAUGGAGGAACUCUCGCUUCCAUCAGCACGUCCGAUGGAACUGAAUCCAAGUCGCGUACCAUACGCCGCACUAAUUCGGCAAAGGCGAGCAGCAACCUCGGAUCCUUCGUCCUAAAGUCUAAGAACCACAUGCACCUGGACAUUGGAGCCACUGACAAUAUCGAACGUGAAGCGCCAGAGUCACUGCCCACACGAUCGCUUAGCCAGCCCAACGGACUGGAAACCUACGGCAUGGGGCGCUCUGAGAUGGAGGACAGCGACAGUGACAGCGUUGCAUCCCACGAGGAAGCUACCAGCUACUACCCGACCAUCUAUGCCAAAGUGCUGUACAAUUUUACUGCCGGAGGCCCGCAGGAAUUGGGCUUGGAGCGCGGAAUGCUGAUUGAAAUAUUGCGCAAGGAAGUUGGACCCUGGUGGUUUGGACGCAUAAAAAAGGAGGAGACUAAUCGCGUGGAUGAGAUACUUGAUCCCGAGCUGGGCUGGUUCCCAAAGGAGUUCGUGCGUAUUAUUCAAUGUCCCGAGACGGAUAGAUUGUUCAACGUGCACCGAGCGGCAUCAGAGGCAGAGCAGGUCUCAACAUCCGCCGGGGAGGCCGGGAAUUGUGCCGUGCCUGUGCCCGUAGCUGACUUUUCAAAAGACGCAGACGUCACCAUGAGCACAGAUUAUAGCAACAUCACCACCAUAGUUAUUGAAUCCCCACCAUUGCCCUCGAAAGGGGGUCCCACUGGUAACGUUCUGGACAACGAGACGGUCCUACGCCGAAGUGCUGUGCGUGAACUGCUGGAUACAGAGGUUAACUAUGUCAAAUUGCUGGCUGCCAUUUGUGACGGGUAUCUGCCUGCGAUGAGCAAACGCAUCGAUAUAUUCUCGCCAAACAGCAUUCGUCUGAUCUUCUCAAACAUAUCGGCCAUCUACAAGUUUCAGAAAAAGUUUCUCGAGGCGUUGCGCAGAGGAAUCGAGCAAAACCAAAUUUCGAAGGUGUUUCUUAAAAUGCACAAAGGAUUCCUAUGCUACUCCAACUACUGCAACGCCUAUCCACGUGCCCUUAUCGAGCUCGAGUCCUACGAUCGUGUUAAGGAUGCACGCACCAUUCUGGAGAAUUGCCGCGAAUCGGGGAACCUUGCAGAGCUCCCACUCUCCGCUCACUUGCUGGCUCCCGUGCAACGCAUAUGCCGCUAUCCCCUGCACCUUAACGAGGUUAUUAAGUCAGCGCUGGCUUCUGCUCCCAAGACGGGAACUGUUGAGCUAGAUGGAGUUCGAAAACCCUCGGCUUCCGACUACGAACAAGUCGACGUCAAUGAGAUGUAUAUACCCGACACAUACGAUACCGUAAACUUGGCUCUGGAGGCUAUGCGUGGCAUCACUGAGGCCGUCAAUGAGGGAAAACGACAUAGCGAGACUAUUGCGAGGCACCAGGCCAGCUUUCAGAACUUCAAGGGCCCGCCAUUGCACUUGCACAGUGGACGUUUCUUUCUACAGGUUGAUGCCACACGACAGAAGCAGAAUCUGUGGAAUAGCAGCUACACGCUGUUUUUAUUCGACAACCAGCUGGUCUAUUGCAAGCGCGACAUCAUUAAACGCACCCACUUCAUCUACAAAGGACGCAUAUUUCUCGACCGCUGUCGAGUGGUGAACGUACGAGAUGGAAAGAUGUUUGGGCACACGAUCAAGAACUCGCUGCGGAUUUACUGCGAGUCGCGGGACAAGUGGUACGACUUCAGCUUCCGCUCGGCAAACCGCAAGCACCGCUUUCUAAGCACCCUCGCCCUUGAGCGCCAGUUCAGUGGCAAGGCACUCUACGUAUCAGAGAUGACAGGGUUUGAAUACAGCUACGUGGAGCGGCCGGGGGACUUUUCAGAUCAGUCGGACUUCGAGCUGCCCGACUUUGAGUACGCCUUGUGUGCCACAUUAGCGAGUGGGGAAAGCUCCGUUCCGGAAUCGCCGGCCAAGUUGACCUCCCGGUUCUGCGACACUUUGCCAAAAAAAUCGCAGUCUCGGGAUGGCAUCGCCAGCGUGGACAACUCGCAGAUGUUAUCGACGGCGACAUCAACGGGUUCGCUAGGACGACGCCGCAUUGGCAACUGGUUCCGCAAACCAAAGAGUACUAACUGUACCCCGAGCCAAUCGCCGACGCACAAGUCUGACUUUGACGCAGAUGAGACUCUCACAGCGGCCCGUGUUGCUGCUAUUGAGCUGGCAGAGGCCGCCACUUCGCUGUUGCCAACGGAUAGUUCAUCCGCCUAAGCACACGGAAUAUCAAAAUAUAGAAUAACAUACAUACAAUAACAGGCCUAUAGGCAAUGCCUAUUAGGCAUGCAUACAUACAUACGUACAUGUUACAUAUGUACGAAGAAGACGUAUACCAUUUGUUACAUUAAUGUUUAUGUUAAAUUGCCACUACCAAUUGAACAAAGUAAACAAACGAGUGUUACAGUUGUAUUGAUUUUAAAGUUCUUUUCCUGUUUUUGAUAUAAAUCUCUUGGCUUUUAAAUCGCAAAGUGUCUGUUCAAGGGUUUCUAGACGGCAAAAUGAUAAACGUGGCCAUAAGAUAUGUAUUUAGAGUUUUAGAUUUACUAAAAAAAAUAAAUAAUGUAUUCUGGCAUUUUAAUGCAGCUUUCUAUAAAAGUGUUACCUAGUGUCGCCGACUGCUAGUCUACAAACCCUAUUACCUGUCCAUAUAAUUAUAAUUUACGUGAUAAGGCGAUAAUAAAUUCCUUGAAAUUACUACAUAUUUUUAAACCUUCUGUUUAUUUGUUCAAGUUCACUUUGAGACUUCAAAAAGCCACUCAAGCUGAAUAAAAAAACUACCCACAGAUUUAAUAUUGAUAUACUCGAUAAUUGCAUAGAGAAAAUAUUAACAAGUACUCAGUACAUACACCCUAACUAGAUCGAGUAUACGGACGGUGUUUUUCAAAAUAGAGUGCCAAAAUAUACGGACUUUGGCAUUUGUUCUUGUUUUUGUUAGACCUACAUAAAAGAAAUCACACAUUUGUAUAAGUAGAGAACUGUGUGAAAAGUAACAAUAAAAUAUUGAUAUGAACAAAUUAUUGUCAUUAAAUAAAUAAAAUAAUUUAUAUGAAUGAAUAUUGUAUAGUAUGGAAAUUGGUUGAUUGUCAAUUUGAACACAAAACUCAACAAGCAAACUGCAACAAGCAAUUGAGCGAAUUUAAUUUUUUCUAAAGAAAAACGUAUCUGUAAUGUAUCCCCCUCCCCCACCCCCCUCCACAACACCACACCACUCCCAUUAUGUUAAUCAAAAAUCAUAAAUUCAAUAAGCAAUUGACUAUUUAAUAGAUUUUCAAAGAAACAUAAAACAUUAAUUAUCAAAAAAACAUAUUGGUUUUACUCUGCAAAACGCCAAACCAUAACUAAACAACAUUUUAAUCCUGAACGUACAUGAAAUAUAUACAAGUGAAAGUACAUUACAUUGCAGAGUGCAUUCCGAAAAUAUAAAAUGGCAUUUUUUGCUUUUUAAAAUUUACAAUUGUACAUACAAAAAUUGGCAACGUUGAAUGUAGUUUGUACUUGGUAUUGACUGAGCAAUUUAUAUUAUAAAAAACCUACACGUUUCAAAAACAUACCAAACUGCACUUGUAACUUUAAACCCGAACACAGCCGUACACAUUUAGCAAACUAAUAUGCUCCAUAUGCCAAAUAAAUAAACAUAUAUUUGUCCAA